ACUAACCUCACAACAGCAGUCAAGAUGCCCUCCAGAUUGUCAAAGACCCGCAAGCACCGCGGUCACGUUUCCGCCGGUCACGGACGUGUCGGAAAGCACAGGAAGCAUCCCGGUGGUCGUGGUAUGGCCGGUGGUCAGCACCACCACAGGACCAACAUUGACAAGUACCAUCCUGGUUACUUUGGAAAGGUCGGAAUGCGUUACUUCCACAAGAUGCAGAACGGUUUCUGGAAGCCCACCAUCAACCUCGACAAGCUCUGGUCUCUGAUCCCCGCCGAGAAGCGCGACGGCUACCUCGCCAAGAAGGGUGACAAGGCCCCCGUCCUCAACCUCCUCGACUUCGGCUACUCCAAGGUUCUCGGAAAGGGCCGCCUUCCCGACGUCCCCAUCGUCGUCCGCGCUCGCUACGUCUCUGCUGAGGCCGAGAAGAAGAUCAAGGAGGCUGGAGGUGUUGUCCAGCUCGUCGCAUAAAUGUCUGGAACGAAAUGCAUGACUAUACGGCGUCUCGGAGGAUCAGGAUAAAAAGCUGCUAUCAUACCAUUGGGAUGGGCAUUGGGGUCCGUGUUGCCUACAGGCGCACGUCGACUCUUGCAGCGCGGACUACGGUUCGCGGCUGUCAGCGUGGUGGCUGAGGGAUAGUGUCUUCAAUCGAAUUCAUCUAUUCCUGAACAAACCUGUGUUGCCCGGAGCUUCCGCAAGGGACCCACGCUCAUGGCGAGUGUUCAGUGGCUUCGUGCUGCUGAGGGUACUUUUGUCACCUUUUGAGUGAUGUCGUGAUGCUUGCUUGUGAUGCUAAUCCUGCGUUAGCUGUACCUAUUGACCUGACAACAAUUUGCCUCUUCCGUGUACACACAGAUGUACUUGAGUCGAAGAUGGUUUGC